CGCACACGUGUGCGCUUCAUCUUGUCGGUUUCGCAGUCGCGUUUGAUAAACAAAGUUUAUGUGCUUAGCGCACAAUCGGUCGGCUAUAUAUAAUCAAAAAUAUAUUAAUUAGAGCAUAUACAUAUAAAAAUAAUAUAUAAAAGUGUUUAUUGUAUGGUGUUUUGAUUUGGUGAGUGAACAUCGAACAACAACAACAGCAGCUGUAUCAAAAAUCAGGAAAAAUUAAACUUAACUUACACCCGGCCAGUUGUUCGCAAUUUAUUCGGUAAUUAGGCAAAAGGCCAAGGAAAAGGCUAAAGAAAAGUGCGUGACCCAUUCUAAAAAUUGUUGUCGUUGUCGUGGAUGCUGCGCGGCGGGCGGAGGCAGGUGCGUGCGCCCCAACAACCGCGCCCCAAGCCGGUUACAGUGCGUGCGAAUAGUCGGCGUUGCCUGGGCAUCAGCCGCGGAGAGGGACUAGGACAGAGCAUCUUUGCCAACGUUGUCGUAAUUUCGCGUUAAAAUAAACACGCAAAAGCAAAGCGAAGAAAAAAACCUUAAAAAAAUAUCUCAAAGAGCAACGCGCUCUACAACAAUAACAAAAACAACAACAACAACAACAACAACAGUGUAAAAGUAAAAUCAAAUAAGAAUUGAAAUUUAGGCCAAAAGCGGAUUACGAGAAUUGUUGCUGCUAACAACAACCACAGCAACAACAACAACAACAACAACAACAUAGCCCGCAAGCAUAAAAGGAAGAUUUUGCCCUUGCAAAGGCAACAGCUUUGUGCGAGUGCGAGUGCGUGUAUGUGUGCGUGUGUGUGGAAAAUAAAAGUGAAUUGCAAAAAAAUCAGAGAAAGAAAAACCAACACAUGAAAAGAAAUACUCAAAUACAAUAGAAGUAAGUAAAUAAAUGACAACAACAGCAACUCAAGCGUGCAGAUCCUUAGACGAUUGAGAGACUCACAAUUCACAAACGAUUCGCAUGGAAAUAUCGUUGUGUCAUUUUCGCGCUCAUUAGUUAACUCAGCGCGCCACGCCCCAACGCCCUUGAUAGCCUGCUGCGUGCUGCGUGCUGGCUAUCAAUUAAUUGGUAAUUCGCACCGAAAGGCGUCUAUAAAGAAAAACCUGAGCAGAAAUCAAAAUUGAAGAACAAAAAAUUAAUGAAACUCUGACGCGCAGCAAUUCAUAUUUGUAUUGGUUAGAUUGUGUAUACGUGUGUGUGUGUGUGUUCAUGAAGUGAACGCCCCAGGCAAUACCCCGCACGCAAUUGCACCCGCACACGCGAAUCGGUCGCGUGCUGUCAUAAUUUAUCACAAUUUAUUGUCAACGUCAGACCGAGGAGAGAGUCCAGACUGAAAGUGCAUCCACAAGAUACAAAUUACUUCUGAAGCCCUUGCCAUAUGCGGCUGAGUGCAUUAGAACAACAACCAAUUAACUGCAACAGAAACCAAAUUCGCAACUUUAUUAAGUUCUUUUUUCUCUGUCUCUCUCUCUCUCUGUUGAUAAAAAGCAAAACACAAACAUCAAAUAAAGCGCUGCCAACGAGAUUUGCCCCGCACUUGGAUUAGCAGAGCGAAAGGAGGGGAGCCGCAGCGCAGGCGAAAACUUUGGUGCGGCAGUCGAGGGACUUCUGAAAUCUGCUAUGCCAAAAAGGCAAUAAAAGUGCAAAUAAACAUGUAAAAGGACAUUAAGAUUCCCGUGGCAGCAGAGCACAAAAACAACAGCCACCAAAAGAAACCAACGGCUGAGCCACAUAUAAAUGCCAGUUGAAAUGUGAGUGUUUUUUUUUUAUGGCCCAACUUGAAGUGAAAGCGAACUAAAGGCGCGUUGGCGCUUCAUUAAAGUCAAAAGCGGAAACGGCAACGGAAACGGAAAUAGCCAACAGCAGCUCUUACGAAACGUUGCACACACACAAGCGCACAGAGAAUAACGGCGUCUGUCUAUUAACGUCGCAGCAACCACAUGUAUUGCGGCCAUUUUUAUUGGUAUCCCUGGUUUUGGUUUCGUUGCUUUGACUCAUUGUCCAAAUUGAAGUUUGCCACAUAAAUGACGAGACGUUUCUGUGUUCGAGCACAACGCAAUGAUUACAAUGCAGUUUUUAAUAACAGCACACGAAACGCUAACAACAAGUGCAACUGCAACAGCAACAGCAGCAGCAGCAACCACAAAAAUGCAACUCAAAACAUCAACAACAGCAACACUCACCGAUUGGCAACAGCACGAACAACAGCAGCAACAACACAAUACACAUCGAAAAUCACGAACGCGAACGCUGCUGGACUCUGGGAGAAUGGUUUCAAUUGUCGUUUCGGUGAUGUUGUUCCUGUUGCUGCUAUGUAUGCAGCCGGCGGGCACACUAGCGGAAGAGGAGUCACAGGAUUUUCAAAAGAACAUACCUGCACGUUUGGUUUGGGCCGCUGCCGGCAAGACCGUGGAUCUGCCAUGCGAUUUGACGCCGCCCACGCCGCAGGACUCGGUAAAAUUGCUGCUUUGGUUCAAGGACACCACCGGCAUACCGCUGUACAGUCUGGACUCGCGUGGCGGCAAUGUAAAGCUGGCGCCACAUGCGGCCAUAGCUAGCGAUCUGGGUCAGCGUCUGUUCUUUAGCAUUGGGGAUAAUCCCAAGGAUUCGCGCCUGCAGAUUAAGGAUGUUAAGCCCGAGGACGGCGGCGUCUAUCGCUGCCGCAUCGACUUCUUCAACUCGCCCACCCGCAACUUUAGGCAUAAUCUAACGUUAGUUGUGCCGCCCGAGGAGCCGCGCAUCUUUGAUGCACAGGGCAAGGAAAUCUCCCAAUUGGCAGGGCCAUUUCGUGAGGGCUACGAGCUUUUCCUCUGCUGCCAAGUGAGAGGUGGUCGACCACCACCGAAGGUCACCUGGUGGCGUGAUGGCAACGAGCUAAUCGGCACCAGCCACACCUCGGUCGAGGAGGGCGCCACAGUGAUGGUGAAUCAGCUGCUCAUUGGCACCACAACCAGGGACUACUAUGGAGCCCGCAUUGAGUGCCGGGCGCAGGGUACCCGCCUGCUGGAGCCUGUCAUCAAAGAUGUUACCGUACAGGUGCACUUGAAACCUGUGCGUGUAAAGAUCAUAACGCCCAACGAUCUGCUCACUGCUGGACAUCCGAUCGCCAUACGCUGCGAAUCGUGGGGCUCGUAUCCGGCGGCAAAGAUUGCCUGGCUGCUCGAUGGCGAGCCUAUACGCAACGCCGAGGUUACCGUGCACAGUGACAAGGAGGAUGCCAACAUUACGACCAGCAUACUGACGCUAAAGGUAACAUCCGAGAACGACAAUGCCGAGCUGGCAUGUCGGGCUACGAAUCCAUGGUUCUCCGGCGGCGCCAUCGAGGACAAGCGCAUAAUACGUGUGGCAUAUCCGCCCACCGUGUCGGUUCACUUGGCCAACGAGGAUCCCAGCCGUAUGGUAACACGUGCCGAGGGCCAAAAUGUCACGUUCAAAUGCCGUGCAGACGCGAGGCCACCUGUCACCAGUUACUCCUGGUUCAAGAACGGCAUGCGUAUGUCAGGAGAGAGCACGGAAAUCCUGCACCUGACGCAGCUGGAGCGGGAGAGUGCAGGUGCAUACGCCUGCGGGGCCACCAACACAGAGGGGGAGACCCGCAGCUCGAGCCUCACCCUAAAAGUGCAGUUCUCGCCGCGUUGUAAACCGGGCACUGAGCAGACAUCCAUAGGAGCCAUCAACAUGCACUCGAUACAGGUGAAAUGCGAGGUGGAUGCCGAUCCCCCAGAAUCGGUCCGAUUUAGUUGGACCUACAACAAUACACGAAAUGUUUCGCCGGUGCUGAACUCCAGGAUACAAUCGAACGGACUGGCCAGCACAGUGACGUAUCUGCCGCAAACCGACUCCGAGUUAAUAACGCUCGCUUGCUGGGCCAGCAAUACGGUUGGCAGGCAAACGGCACCAUGUCUGGUCCACAUACUGCCAGCAAAUGCACCUGAGGCGCCAAAAGCCUGCGAACUGCGCAACGAUACCGUCCUCGAGGUGGUUUGUGUGGCCGGCAGCGACGGCGGACUCUCACAAUACUUCAUGCUGGAGGUGGUGGGCGGUGACUUGCUGUACGCCAGCGAGUCGGCGGCGGCGGGCAAGGGUCAGUUUGGCGAGACUGUUGGCCAGGGCGACAAUGAGAUAUCCACGCUCAAUGAUCAGGCUACAUCUGCACCCAUCUUUCGCAUACAGGAAAACAGUCCACAAUUUCGUUUGAAUAAUUUAGAGCCGGGACGUGAAUAUCAAUUUUUAGUUUAUGCCGUUAACGCAAAGGGACGCAGCGAGCCGCCGGUGGUGAUUGAACGUGUGCGCGUCGCUGCACAACUGGGACCAUAUGAUGAAUCUAUUCUCUCGGAGGACCCGACGCCCGCGGAAACCACGCACCAUGUGGGCGGCAGCAGCAGCAGCAGCGCAGGGGGCGUCGGCGCCGGCGCCAGCAUUGGCAGCGGCCCAGAGAAGGAGUCGACGCUCCUUAUACUUGCCACCGUCGUGGCGAUAGGCGCCGUCAUUGUGACGUCAAUUAUCGUGGCCGGCAUUGUUGUUGUGUGUCGGCAUCGGCCGCGGCCACCUGAGCCGCAGGAGGUGCGCAAAAGCAUGCGGCCGGCGCGCAACGAUGUGCCCUCAAUGUACAUUGAGGAGGAUGAGCUAAACGAGUUGGAGGAGGGCGGCGGACGAGCUGCGGAGAUCCGGGCUCGAAUCACACCUGCCACAUCUCAUCUGUGCGGCGGUGCUGGAGGCGUCGGAGGCAUCGGACCCAGCGGCGGCAUUGUGGGCGUUGGCGGUCCGCACCAUUACAUCUCCGAGAGCUUCAUACAGUACGCGCAGCCCAGUCUAAACGGCGACGUGCUCCUACCUUUGCUUGUUACUGCCGGCCACCCGACCAGCCGCUACCGCCGAGCAGCCGACCCAUCCCACUCUGCCACAAUGUCGGACGUGGUCGUGGCCAUGUGCCACCCGGCUGCUGCAAAGCUCUGUGCAACUGCUACCGAUGCGUCCGCCUGGCCGCCCAAAUACCCGGAUCUAAUAUUACCGCGCGGCGAAUUGGAAUUUACGACUCUGGAUCCCACGCUGAAGUAAUUGUAAAGAGUAAUAAUAUCUACCGCAGUACACAUAGCCUCCUUCCCCCUGUCCGUGUCAUGAAGCUCUAUGACAGCCACGGCGCCUUGGGCAACAUAGUUGAUGGCAAUUUUUGUUUUACAUAGCUGUAAAUUUUUAGCCUAAAUUUAUAUAUAUGAAUGUCAAAUGGUAAAACACGCAUGCAUAUUUCUAUUGAUGUGUGUGUGUAUCAGAUACAGGGGAUAAACCCUUUUGUGUAUAAGUGUCAUAUAAAAUGCAAAUGCUAAAACAAAAACUAAGUUAAAAAAAAAGAAAACAAAAUAACUAAGCGGCUUUGCCACUUCAUAAAACAUGAAUUUUGUAAAUCUUACCACACACAUUAAUACAUCCAGCAAACACAUUCGAACCCAAUCAAACACAGAUCAAAAUCAAAAAAAGGAGCAAACCAAAAACGAGCAUCAUCGCCAUCAAAUGUACAUAUAUAAGGGGCAAACAUGAAUCAAACUGCAUUUAAAUGUUAAAUACUAACUGUAAUUAUAAUAAACAAUUCAGUUAUUAAGCUAGGUAUUAGGCCAAGUUUAGUUAUUAGUCUGAUUGUGUGUAUUUCAAGUAAAUUAAAUUGUAAUUCAACUCAAAGAGCAAAGCGGAAAACCAAUAACAAACCCGAGAUGCAGACGAGAGCCAACGCUAAAUCAAAACUCAUCAAAAUUACCAAAAUAUUUAAACUAAGUGCUCGAUGUAUGCUUAAGUUACGUGAAAUGUUUAUUGGAGAAUAUUCAAUUGGGAAAUUUCCUCCGAAAAGAGCAUAACUAGGCGAUACUCGUUCUCGAUUGAGGUCAGCAAUAGCCCACAUUGUACAUUGUACAUUCCGACAGGCAUUGCAAGAAUUUCCAGCAACAAAUUAAUAUCGGAUUAUGUAUUUUUGUGCAAUUGGGCUGGCAGGUCAAGAAUUUAUAGCAACAAAACGAUAUCGUAACCGUUAACUGUCAGUCUUAGUUAGCAGCCCAAGGAGGCGCCUGCAGCCUUGCGAACAAUUAAAAUACUAAGGAAAUUUAAGAAGCCAUCUUCGGCGUUGGCAAUGGGUAUUUUUUAUAUUCAAUUUCCAUGAAAAUUUCGAAACAAGCAUGUUGUAGGAGCCGCCCACUGAACCUGACGUAUUGAGGUAGGCGCUGUGGCUGACUCUAUAUAUAUAUAUAUGAAUUCAUUCAUGAAUAUUCUAUUACCAUAACAAAGGCUGGCCAAAACAAAGUAAGCGCAAACUUCGAGUGCAUAAUGAAUAAAUGUUAAAUAAAUUAAAGACUCAGCAGCCAGCGCAACCACAAAUCUAACUACAAUAACAACAAAAAGGACAGCAAAUACAGCAGAUAAAUAGCAACAACUACAAUAAUAUAAAUUAAUUCAUUGUAUGUACAUGUUAUAAAUAACUAAAGUAAUCGACUAAAAAUACAUAAAAUCUAAAUACUCUAGCAUUUAUGGAUAACAUUACACACAUAUUCAUGGAUGUGAGUGUGAAUGUGAAUAUCAAAUAUGCAAAACAAAAUGGCAGCCUAGCAAAAUAUACACUGCGUAUGCGUAAUAAAAUAAAUUACAAUUAUACCAUAGAUCAAUAGCAAAGCGAAAUUGAGAGCGGGACGAGGCGUAGCAAGUCGAGCCAAUUGAAUUUCCUUGUACUUGCCCGCCUUUAGCACCAGCCUCUCGCAACUCUCUCCCUUUCUCUCUAACUCUCUGUCUUUCUCAGAAAAAGAAAUUACAAAACUAAACUGAUUAUCUUUAAGGUGAGGUUAGUUUUACAGAUGAAAUAAACUUAAAUUAAAUGGUAAAUAUAUUUAACAAUUAAGUUGAAACUACUGAGUGUGUUAAUAAUAU